AUGUCAACCACCAGCAGUGAAUUGUCUACCCUAACUCAGCAACAAGAACUUGAUUCAAAGCUUGGGACCACAUCACGCAUUCCUAGGCUAACUGAUGCCAACGACUUUCCCGAGUGGAAGUGGCGCUUUGAACAGCAUCUUAAGGUUAAAGAUUACAAGCUAUGGCGCAGCAUCUUGAGGGGACCUAGGGAAAUUAUGAUGGAAAGUCCUACAGAACCUGAUGUUAAAGUUAAGAAGCCUCGAGAACAAUACACUGAAGAUGAUUUGCUUAUUGUUGAAGAAGAUGAUCGAGCUUUCUCUUACUUGACCAUGGGUUUGGGUCCUAAUAUUGCCAUGGGCUUUCGCACAUGCAAAUCUGCCAAGGAACUGUGGGACUCUCUGGUAGAAGUGUAUGAAGGUAACGAAGAUAUGAAAGAAAGUCGAAGGAACUUGCUGCAACAAAAUUUCAACAAUUUCAACCAUAUUUAUGGUGAAACAGUAGAUAAUCAGAUCCAAAGGUUUGUCAAGCUGGUGACUCAAAUGCAGAUGGAAGAAAUUCAUACAUCAAACGCCUCCACCAACAGACAACUUCUCAACGCUUUGCCCAAGAGUUGGGAUCAUCAUGUUGCUAUGAUCAAGAAGACUAAAGAUCUUCUUCAACCACGUCUAGCGACAGCAACACAGCUCUUCUAUCACAAGGAGGAUUUCAAAUGUUUCGCAACAAUUCCUGUCUCUCAAUCUGGAUCCUCAAAUCAAAUCGUCUCUUCAGCUUCUCCAGCUUCAGUUCAAAAUGCUGGAAAGGCUUCUGCUGCUGCCUCUGCUUCUGCUCACUCUACGAACAAUGAGAUGAUGGCAUUUUUCGCAAGUCAGUCAAAGGAAAAGCUAGACAUAGCAGCUUCUGUAAUCAACUGUUUGAAUGCUUUUCUUGCAGGGAAGCUUGAUCCACCAAAGUGGAGUCAAGAUGAUUUGUCACAGAUUCAUCCAGAUGAUGUUGAAGAAAUGGAUAUCACCUGGCAAAUGGCAAUGGCGGCAUUCAGAGCUCAAAAGUUUGUGAAGAAAACGGGUAAAAACAGGUGGGGCAACGCUUGGAAUGGAGCUUCUAAAGUGCCCUUCAAUCUUCGAUGUUACAACUGUCAUGAGGAAGGACACUAUGCUAGGAACUGCCCGAAGCCACCCAUGAACAGAGAUCAGAAUCCUACUAUUCCUGCACAACCAGCUACUCCUAAUCGAGAAAGGGCUCUUGUGUCUACUGCAAGUAUAGCAGAUGCAGCUGCCUCUGGAAGUCCACAGCCGCAGGGAUUAGCACAAGCGCUGGUGGUGCAGCCAAAUGUCAACUUUGACUGGUCCUCUGAGAUUGAGCGUCUGAACAUAUCAGCUCCAGAUAAUCAAGCUGCAACUUCUAACAUUGCUUUCAUGACCUCAAACGAGCAUGACCCUGAGCCACAGGAAGAGACUGCUGCUGACGAUUUCGCUUUCAUGACUCAAAUCCUGUCAGCACCUGUCAAAGGUCUCACCAAAGAAGAGAUGAUAGCUCAGAAGUAAGAUGUGAUGAUGUUCAUGGGAGUGAACCAGUUAUUGUUUCAAACAUUUCUGAACCUUAUUUUGAAUAUUAUUCUGAACCAACUGAGUCAGACAUUGCUUUUACCAAUUCUUUGUUUGCGUCGUUUUCUGCGUUUGUUUCGUCUUGUGAGCCUGCUGUUUUGGGCAAAACUGAUAAUGUUUGUGUGGAUGAUUUGAACAAUAUUUGUGGUGAUGAUAGUUUUUCAGCUAAUGUUUGUGAUGAUAACAUAUCAAAUGUUUCAGCUUGUGAUAAUGUUACAGGUGCGGUCCCCAAGGAUGCAUUCAGUGAAACCACUGAAACUAUUUCUCAAGAAAA